AUGUCAAGCUUGGAGGAAGUUAACAAGAAGAUCCUGGAUCUUGAGAUUAUUAUUGAGAAGCAAUCAAAAAUAAUCGCCACUACAGGUCAAAAAUUGUUGGAGAUCCAAGUAAAGGAAGUCAAGUCCAGGAUGGCGGAUUUGGAUUCAGGGGCAAGCAAAGCACAAUCGUUUGACACUGCUGACUAUAUUGGAAAUGAUGACGUUGUUCAGUUGGUUACGGAAUUGCAAUCCCAAUUGGAUAACUUGGAGGAUAGAGCUUCUCGUCGUACUUACAAUUCCACUUUGAUCAAAGAUGAGCAGAAGUUGGCUCCAAUGAGCAAUAAAGAUGGCGAUGAACCGCAGUUUAGCCUUCCCUCAACAUUGAAGGACUUUAAGCAAAUGCCAAAAGCCAAAGUGCUUGAGUUGGGAGUGUUUUACGAGAUACUUUUACCAAACGAAGAAGAAAUAAAUGAGGUCUUGGAGAAGGACACCGGUAAUAGUAAGAAUGAAAUAAUUGAUCUUGCCAAGAACAAAGACGUUUCCAAAUUGGAAGAGCAGUUUACUGAUGAACAAGUGGAUGAGGUAUACGACGAAAUUGCUAGAUAUUUUGGAAUUACACAUAGAAGAGCUAGUGAUGGCUGGUAA